AUGGCCGUUCAAAUCAUAUCGGACUUACACCUAGAAGUGCCCAAGGCCUACGACUUUUUCAAUAUCGUGCCCAGAGCACCGUAUCUAGCCCUACUUGGCGACAUCGGUAACGUUAUCUCACAUAGGGAAGAAUGCCUCGGGUUCUUUACCAAGCAGCUUGCGCAGUUUUGCCUAGUCCUGUUUGUCCCCGGAAACCACGAGGCCUAUCACUCAGACUGGCCGACUACUCUCGACGCCCUUCGUGCCUUUGAGCAGCAGGUCCGGACCGACAACUCGCUUGGGGAGUUUAUAUUGUUAGACCGUGGUGCAUACCACCUGCCAGACACGAAAACCGUCAUUCUAGGUUGCAGCCUAUUUUCCCUAGUCCCACCUGAGAGCGAAAUGGCCGUCAGAUUCGGCCUCAACGACUUCUUCUAG